AUGGCGGAUGAUCAGUCGCCAGAUGGCGACGAUCUGGGCGUGCGGAGCUUCUACUUUGACGAUGCGGUCGAAGACGAUCUUCGACACAUUCCGUUCCGACCGCCACCCACUCCUCCUUCUACGGAAGGCGGCGCGCCUAACACCCAAUCCGAGCCGAGGAGUCCAACGUCGUUGUUCCAAAAGUCGCUCAAAGAGACGACCAGCGUGCCCAAGCUCUCAUCGAACGCAGGACAUUCUCGCGCACAAUCGAACAACGUAGAUCUGACACGCGGCUACACCGUACCCUCGCAAAAGCACACCGCCCAUCUCCCCUUUGUACUGGCCUUCGAAUCCGACGUCAUCGCCGAGCAACUGACCAUCAUCGAAAAAGACGCCCUGGACGAAGUGGACUGGAAAGACCUGAUCGGCCUGAACUGGCAGCACUCGCCCCUGCACCUGCGCAACUGGGUCGACUUCCUGCAACGCCGCGACUGCAACGGCAUCGACAUUGUCGUCUCGCGCUUCAACCUGAUGGUCAAAUGGGUGGUGUCGGAAUGCGUGUUGACGGAGGCGGCGAGCGAGCGCGCGCGCUGCAUCACAAAGUACAUCCACAUUGCCGCGCACGCGCACCGCCUGCGCAACUACGCCACCAUGUACCAAAUCACGCUCGCACUGCUGUCGACGGAUCUCGCGCGCCUGCACAAAACGUGGGCCCUCGUGCAACCGGCGGAGAAAGCGGCGCUCACGCGCCUGGAGAAACUCUGCCAACCGCGCGGCAACUUCCACCAGCUGCGAAUGGAAAUGGAAGCCGCGUCCGCCGACGACGCGUGCAUCCCUUUCAUCGGCCUGUACACGCACGACCUGAUGUUCAACGCGCAGAAGCCGGCGCGCGUGAAUCCGCCGGCGACGGGCUCCGCCGUGCGCGGCGCCCCGACGGAGCCGCUGGUGAAUUUCGAGCGCUUCCAGACUGCCGCGGGGAUUGUGAAGGGGUUGCUGACGCUUAUAGAGGCGUCGGCUAAAUAUGUUCUGCGCCCGCAUCCGGAGGUGUUGAGUCGGUGUUUGUGGUUGGCUGCGUUGGAGGAUGGGGAGAUUUUGAGUCGCAGUCGGGGGUUGGAGGCUUGA